AUGCACCGCCAGGGGGCGCUCUCAGGUGCUCGCGCUGCUUCGCCACAGUGUCGGUUUCCUCUUCGAAGAAUGACCAAGCCUAAGACCAGGAUCACGUGCCCGCUUUGCCAAAAAAAACUCGACUUUGUCGCAAAGCACCUUCGUGAGCGACACAAAUUGAAAAACAAGGAUGAAAGGCGUAUUUUAAACAAAUUGGCACUCAAUCGGAUCAAACUAAGUGGAGGGAAAUGUCCAGUUGUCGAGUGCCGCAAAACGGUGAUUGAUUUACAGUGUCACGUUUACAACCACGUCAAUGUCGACCCGCACAGGCUGCAAAGCUUAAUUCAGCAGCUUAAAGUCAAUGAGGCCAUAAAGCAACUGGCACACCUGCGCUCUUCCAGUCCGCUGCCGCCCAUGGUCAGCCAGCUAGAUUUGAAUGCUCAGUAUGAGGCUGCUGAGGAGGAGAAGGAGGAGCAGGAAGAGGUGGAUAUUCCGUCCAGCGGUUGUCUGGACUGUGCCGCCCAUCUGGCCACCAUAAGAUCAUUGGAAAAGCAGGUCUCUGAGCUGAAGGCCGGGAUGAAGUUUGAGCUUCUGGAGUCGAGGAUUAACGUGCACCCUUCUGGGAGAUCAGUGGCAUGGGAGUCGGAGUGUCCUAUUAAGGGAGAGCGUGAAGACCCAGAUGAUGAGGAGUUCCAGGGCGAGGCGGGUUCGUGCAAGGAAGCUCACUGCGAGGAGGGUCCGUGUGAGGAGGCUAAAAGCGACAAGUCCCAGGGUGAAGAGUUUGAGUAUGAGAAUGAGUAUUGGGAGGAAGAGCCCCACGAUGAUUGGGGGGCCACAGAUCCCGGCAGGCCGCGGGAUUCCAGCGAUGAUGAGGGUCUCCCCAAUGAGACAGCAAAACAGCGUCUUCGCCGUAAAGUAAAAAAAUUGUUUGGAAGGAAGAACAGUAGAAGGCAAGCAAUGAAACUCCAAUUCCCCGUGUCCAUCGCGGCCUACAUUGAGGAAUAUCUGAAACAUAUUUUCCCGCAGAAUGGGUCGAGGAAAAUGAAGGACAAUGCUGUCACGCGACUGAGCCGAGUCAUGUUUUUCCUGUCCUAUAUGAUUGAGGGAUGGCAGUCGGAGAAUAUGUGGGACUGGCUGUUCCUUGACAAUGGGCCGCACUUACAGGAAUUCCCCAAGUUGUUGCAUGCCAGGGACCUGAAAAUCUCGACACGUAUUAAGUUCAUGAGGCAGGUGCAACAAUUUAUCAAGUACCUGAGGAAACACCGACCAAUAUAUAUUCGCUUGAAAAGGGAUCGCCUAUCCCUGGUGCAUGAGCAGAUCAAGAAGCUGAUGCAGGAAAUCAGCCGCCCGGUGGUCAAGCACCGGAUUAUGGUCAAAUGGUACAAAAGCGCCAACCAGGUGAGGAUGAUGGACCUGCUGGCCUGCCGCCAACUGUCUGCGGCCAAGAUCCCCGUGCUGCUAGAAAAAAUGGAAAAGCAAAACACGGAAAACUCAAACCUCCGUUUCCAGUUCUUCGGGUACCUGGCCGCCUACCUCACUGCCCUCUACGGCCACCGCUCCGGUGACCUGAUCAAUAUGACGGUCACUGAGGUGGACAAUGCCAAGGGCAGCCCGGAGGAGGGCUACCUUAUCAACGUAGUACAACACAAGACACUCAGGUCGCACGGCAAUGCUCAGAUUUUCCUGAACGCGAAAGAGUUCUCUUGGUUUGAACGGUGGGGUCAGUUGCGCCGGAAGGCCAACCCGCCUAACAACUACUUCCUGGCUAACAAUGGCAGCGGCAUCUUCACGGGCCUUGUCAGGAAUUUCCGUGCUGCUUGGAAGGAUAUGGGCCUCUCCUUCAAGCCAAACUUAACGGACCUCAGGAUCUCCCUGGCCAUCUGGAACUUUGAGAAUAACCCCGAGGCUGUACAGAAGCAAAUCAGCUCUUCCGGAAGAAGAGAAGGGCUCAGAGGGAACAAGUAAAACAAGAAGAAGAAGUGUGAGGAGGAGGAGGAAGAGGAGGAUGAGGAGGAUCCGUUGGAGCCUAAUAAGAAGAGGGUGGCGCAGCAGACUGCAGAGGAUGUGGCGGCGGAGACAGCGGAGGUGGCGGACGACGAAUACCAGCCGAAAAAGGAGAAGAAGACCAAACGCGCUCAGGAAUCGGCGGGCAAACUCAAGGUCUACUUCUGGAGAAGGCCCGAGGAAAAAACAAGCAUCAGGGAACACCGUAACCUCAGCCCCAAGAAAUCUUUUGCCUGCUCUCAAGUUUUGGAAAUAGUUUUCAUCGCUUUUUACUUUUGUAAACAGCGGUACUGCGUGUGCUGUGAUUUCUUUUUAUUGUUUUACAUUUCCUAAGGUU